AUGUGGGCCGUGUGUGCGCCACGGCCGGGAAUGCCUCUACGUUUCAAGGGCCGCACGCACCUCACUGCGGUCGAAACCCGGCUACACGUCCUUGAGACUGCACUGCGGAGGUUGUUCCCAGGCGGAGACAUGGAAUCCCUAACACAGAACCUACUCCUUGAUGAGACUAUAGAUGGGCCUGAGACAUAUAUUACCUCAGACAACCUUCGUGAUAGCAUCGCGUUUAUGGACGGUCUGUCGUCCCAACUCAGCAGCCAUGGGAUGGUGAACGAUGAAUCGAUUUCGGAACAGCCGGCACCUCGCUUUGCUACUGGUAUCGAGUGCCAACCCCAUUCUGCCUCUCUGGUCACCGUGGAGGAACAGACUCAGUUUGUGCACAGCUAUUUUGAACGGUAUCAUGUUCUAUACCCAUUGGUAAAUGAGGAGACUUUCCGCCGUGACCUCGGUAGUCAGUCGCUGCAACCUGCAUUUCAUUUAUUGGUGCAAUCAGUAUUAGCUAUCGGAGCUUGGCUGACACCACAGGUGCCAGAGGGCUUUGAUAUCAAACUCUUCAUGCAAGCGCAGCAUCAGUUUCAGACAAUGCCGAUCACAGACCAGGUUCAUAUUUGCAUUGUCCAGGCUUUGAUCUUGCUUAGCUAUUUUGCGCAGAAGCAAGGCAGCGCCGAAGAGAGCGACUAUUACAUUGGGACAGCGCUUCGAAUUUCAAUUGCUCUUAAUCUCCACACCAACCCUCCUAUCUCGCUGUGCGAACUGGACAAAGAAGUUCGCCGGCGAGUGUGGUGGAGUGUUUAUUGCGCCGAAAGCUGUUCGGCCAAGAUGUACGGACGGCCACUGCUCUUGCCAGAUGACAAUCUAAUUACCACCCUCACAGCGUCAAGCACAGUGUUCCCACCCCAAACCGACGAUACGACGAUCUACACCGGCCUGAUCCAACAAUCCAGCUAUCAUCGCAUGGCAAAUAAGAUCUAUCGCCAGCUACUUUCAACUCCACUGGUAACACCAAAGGAUGUUGAGGAGGCUGAGCAGACAAUCGAUGCAUGGCAUCGCAGCUCAUCAUUUUGCGUACAAGUGGGAGAUCGUUCCGCGCGGCCAGAAUGGCACUUCACGGCUCGCUGCCGCCAGAUCCUGUGCGAUCAAAAUCUUCGACUCCUCAUUCGUCGGCCGAUACUGUUACACUGGUUUAGAAGGUCCUCUACAGCCGGCGGACCCACAUACCAGGACAGUGCAGGCGAGGCUCGCUGCCGCGCUGAGGGUCUGACAAUCGCGCGGACCACAAUUAACACGAUUGCAGACUCUCUUUCCCAUGGCCGCUAUUCCCGCCUGACUCUAGCAUUUACCCUCUAUGCCUUCUUCCACGCUCUGAUUGUGCCUCUCAUCCACGUAAAGACAGACCCCUGGUCCCCGAUAUCUAUAUCCUGUAUGCAGGACCUAGAAAAAGCCAGAGCCGCCCUUGACCAUCUACCCGCUGACAGCGUCGUCCUGUCACGCUACUUCGGCGCAGGUCUACGACGUCUUUUCGAGGUGGCUUUUCAGGCGAACCACCAGAAGAGCCCGAGUAAGCCUCCUAGAGGUGAAAGAACAGUGGGCCCUCAUACAUUACAAGAAAGGAAUAACAACAUUUUUGGCAGGGAGGAGCUGGCCCUGCUAGAGGUGGGAAAUCUAGGCCCGUCACGUGCGCUUGACUUUUCGGAGUGGAUGCAUUUAUAG